UUCUACUACAAUUCAUCCAACUCUAGUACCUAGAUCAGCUGACAUUCGUAUUGACAAACACGUCAGACGUUUCAAUUUUAGUAAAAUCUCGAACUGCGAAAGUGAAAUUUCUCAUGUAAUUGUUUAGAAAGUCUUCGAAAAUGGUGUACAUAAGUUCUGAUGGUCAAGUCUACACUCAACAGCCAUGGACGAUGCAAAGAUUCUUCGGACUCUUCACGGGCUUCUUUGCGUUUUUGAUGGCCUUUUUCCGCACGUUGGUUGACCCACUGAUGGCUAUUGGUGACAAUAACAAUUGGUCAAGGGGUUCUGGACGCGGUGAUGCUGGAGGCUUCCGACGUGGGGGCGGUGGAGGUGGUGGCGGCGGCGGUGGCAACGGGGGUGGUCGUCCGGGUGGCGGCGGUGGCGGUGGCCCACGAAUUGGGAGGAUCAUGCGGAUGUCGGACAUUCGAAUUCCCGGAGGCGGCUGCGCUGGUGGAAGCUGCGGGUUGUGAACCAACAUUUUCCAGUCUCAUCUUUUCUGCUGUUUAUUAUUUGUUUAACACUUUAAACUACUGUAAUUAAGAUAACGAUGCCUAGGGGAUGUGCUUUUUGGAUAUUCUAUCAAUUAAAUUCAAUAAAUUACGUAAAUAAAAUAACAAA